AGACUUGGACCUUACGGAAAAAUUGAAGGCAAGACCAACUUAUUGUUACUGAAAGCAAAAUAAUGGAACUUUCUGCUUAAAUUUCUUUUAUAGCUGCACUGUUGGAUGAAUUGGUUGCCCAUAGAAGUUUAACUUAUAUAAGGGCCGGCAAAUUCAUGCUUGCAGGGGUGAUAUUGGCAUCCACUGCAACACUGAUAACAGCUCAAGCUAGGCCUGGCUGCCGCGACCUAUGUGGGGAGGUAAGCGUCCCUUUUCCCUUUGGCAUAGGGGAAGGUUGUUACCUAAAUAGAAGUUUUGAGAUCAAAUGUAAUGAUUCCUCCCACCCUGCACAACCAUUAUUUGGUAAUGUUGAUGUCAAAAACAUUUCAGUACGUAAAGGUGAGAUGCGUUUCUUAAAAUUAAUAGCAGAAGAUUGUUACAACGAAGCUGGUUUACAAGUGCAAAGAAAACAAACUAGCUUAAGACUAGGUAAAUUCACCAUUUCUGACACCCAAAAUAAGUUUAUGGCCAUUGGUUGCGACACAUAUGCUACCAUUCAGGGUUAUCAAGGUGAAGAUAGGUACACAACCGGAUGCAUGUCCAUAUGUGACAGCCAGAAAAAUGUUAAUGAUUCAUGCUCUGGUGUUGGCUGUUGUCAAAUUCCCAUUCCCAAAGGUCUGGGGAACAUUACGCUAGCAGUAAGUAGCUAUGAUAACCAUAAAAAUAUAACGGGUUUCAACAACUGCAGCUAUGCCUUUGUUGUUGAAAAUCAGUUCAAUUUCUCCUCCAAAUAUCUUAAAGGUUUUCAAGGUGAAACAAAGCUUCCCAUGGUGCUUGAUUGGGCAGUUGGUGAUGAAAGUUGUGAAUUAGCUGAACAAAACAGCUCAACCUUUCUAUGCAAGGCAAAUAGCACAUGUGAUGGAUCCUAUAAUGGGCGUGGUUAUCGUUGCAAGUGCUUCAAAGGUUAUGAAGGGAAUCCAUACCUCCAUGGUUGUCAAGAUAUUAAUGAGUGCAACUCUCCAUCGCAAAAUGAAUGCGAAAAACCAGAGUAUUGUGUCAACACUAUUGGAAAUUAUACUUGCAAAUGUGGAAAGGGUUAUCAUGGUGAUGGUAGAAAGGAUGGAACAGGCUGCAUUCCCAAUCAAACACAGCUGGUUGAAAUUGCCAUUGGUAUAACCAUAUGCAUUGUAGCUGUAGUUUCUGGCAGCGCUUGGCUACACUUGCUGCGCAAGAAAAGAAAGCUUGUCAAGCUCAAAGAACAGUUCUUUAGACAAAAUGGUGGUUUGAUGCUUCAACAACUCACUGGAGGAGAAGCAUCAUCUGAAACUGCGCGCAUCUUCACUGCAGAGGAACUUCAAAAGGCUACAAACAACUAUGAUGAAUCCAGGAUUGUUGGUCGUGGAGGCUAUGGCACAGUAUACAAGGGUAUCUUGGAAGGUAACAAUAUGGUUGCUAUAAAGAAAUCGAAAAUAGUGGAACAGAGCCAAAUUGAGCAAUUUAUAAAUGAGGUUGUUGUACUGUCAAAAAUCAACCAUAGGAAUGUAGUCAAGCUACUUGGUUGUUGUUUGGAGGAAGAAGUCCCAUUACUAGUUUAUGAAUUUGUUACUAAUGGAACCCUUUUUGACCACAUUCACGAUAAAGGGAGGGCAGCCACCAUUCCUUGGGAGACGCGGUUAAGAAUUGCAGCAGAAACUGCUGGAGUGCUGUCAUAUUUGCAUUCUGCUGCGUCUAUACCAAUUAUCCACAGAGAUGUGAAAACUACCAACAUACUCUUGGAUGACAACUACACGGCCAAGGUGUCUGAUUUUGGAGCUUCAAGAUUGGUUCCAGUAGAUCAAACUCAGUUAUCGACAAUGGUCCAAGGAACUCUUGGCUAUUUGGACCCUGAAUAUUUGCAUACAAGCCAACUAACUGAGAAGAGUGAUGUCUAUAGCUUUGGAGUUGUUCUUGUUGAACUUCUCACUGGAAGGAAAGCACUGGCUUUCGACAGGCCUGAGGAGGAAAGGAGUCUAGCUAAGUAUUUCCUUUCUUCAUUGAGAAGGGAUCGCUUGUUUGAUAUCCUAGAGAGUCGUUUAGUGGAUGAAGAAAAUAGAGAUCAAAUCAUGGAAGUAGCUAAGUUAGCAAUGAGGUGCUUAGAAGUUAAAGGAGAGGAGAGACCUUCAAUGAAAGAAGUCGCAAUGGAACUAGAAGGAUUAAGGUUGACAGAGAAGCAUCCAUGGGUUAAUGUAGAAUCGAAUUCAGAGGAGACUGAGUAUUUACUAAAUGGAAAACCAUCCUCGAGUUACAGCUAUAGUGGCAGUAGUAACAACACGUCAAGUGGGUAUGACAGCAUAAGAAGCUAUGUGGUAAUAUUGCCUUUAGAUAAUGGAAGAUGAUGGCUCCUAGAUUGCCAGUAAAUUCCAAUCUCACGAUCCUCUUCUGCACUACACAAAUGUCAUUUACUGCUUGUAGAUAUCUCAUUUUAUCGGGGAUCUUUUGAAAAAUUUAUUCAUCUUUGGUAAAAUUGUGGUUUUCUUAAUUAGGCUUUAGAUUAUUGAAUCAAAAUAUUUGGGGCUUGAGUUGAAAUGAAAUCGACCUGGUUUGUGAUUAACAUAGCCCAAUCUUCCUUUUUCGUUUACAUCAUUUUAUUUUAUUUUAUUUUGUAGAUUUUAUUUAUUUAUUUAUUUUGAAAGAAUGAAAAAAACCACAGAAAAUAACGAUAAUCGGAUGAGAGAUAAUAGAUAAGAAUUUUGAGAAUACUCCCAAAAGUAAGGAGAUAAGCAUUGAACUUUUUCUAUUAAUUGAGUUGUUAAAUUAUCAUUUUUAAAGAAAAUGCUAACACUUCGAAACUCAAUCCGUUUAUAUCUGGAAUUCCAUCUCCAAGCUUAACUCGACCCCUGUAUAAGCAAUACAAUUCUCAACUCUUGGGGUGAAGGCAGACCCAAAAACAAUCGGUGAGAGCAGCAAAAUAUAGAGAGAAGAUGUAAUUUUAGGCAUUGAUAGUUGGGAAUUUCGGAAGUUCAUUUAGAGUUUCUAUUUAGGUUUCUCAAACCGCGAAGAAGAGAAACAAUUUUAGGUGGCUUUCAGCCGCACAAUAGCUAAGCAAGUGGUUCUGGUGGUGACAAUUCGUAGUUGAAGCUUGGAAUCUGUCGUUUACAGAAGGUAGCUGCUCGUGAGGAGAUUGGAGGUGACGCUGCUGGAUUCUAGAGGGAAGGACCGGCUGGUUACAGGGACCUCAGAAAAAGAUAGAGAGCGAAAGAUUUUAUAAAGUGAAAUAGUUCAGAUUCAAGAAAAAAAGGAAAAAAAAGAAAAUCAACCUUUGGUCUGAAUUAAAAAGAUUCAAGCCCACAAACCUGAGGUCAAGAAUUCCAAGCCCACUUUUUUAGCCUGGACCCGUUUUGAUUUGGGUUGUAACUCACUCUCAGUCCAUCAAAGUUGACUUGUAUAAGCUUGCAAACACGCUCGAAGAGUAAUAAUUUGAACCAGUUGGCCUGGAACAUGUUACAAAGUUCAAACUCCAAUUGAGGUUUGAUGGUUCGGUUUCUGUUAUUUACAAACUAGAAAGUUCAUAUUUCUUAAGUUGUAUUUAAAAUCUGACUUCUAUAUUUGCCAAGAAUCAAGGCACUAGAUAACCACGAUUGGUAGACUCAGUUAUAUAACACCACAGUUCAUGCUGGAAGUCUCGGUUUCUGGCUGCUGCAUCUAGUUUCUUUCCAUCAUCAGUAGUCAAAUCUUACGCCAUAAGGAUUUUAACAUUGUUUAUAAUGAUAUGA